GUCAUCCCACCCCGUCUAUCGGCAUUCCGACUAGGACGAGGAGCCGAAUCCAUAGGCAUUAGGCCUGAGUCGGUUGACAGUUAUUGAUUUCCUGAUUCUGGGGUUUCCUUUUCCAUCACUUGCCUUUCCCCACUGAGAAAUCGAAGAAAUCGCUUUUUCAAAAUGUAAAACAGGGGAAGGAAAGCCCUGUUCUGUGUUGCUCUUUCUCUUAUAAACUUGUCAACGGUCUUCAAUCCCUCACAUGAGAUGAUCCAACCACGACACCUUUGUUGAAUCCUGAUUAUGUCUAUAAUUCCUCAAUCAUUCUCUCUAAAUCAUCCCUUCAUCGGCCCCAAUCCCACUUCUGCUACUCCUAACGCCAACGACAACAAGGAUCUUAGAAUGGCGUCCGCCGAACAGUUGGUGCUUGAGCUUAGUAACCCUGAUCUUAGAGAGAAUGCACUUCUUGAUCUCUCCAAGAAGAGAGAAAUAUUCCAAGAUUUGGCCCCAUUGUUGUGGCAUUCUUUUGGUACUAUUGCUGCACUCUUACAGGAGAUAGUAUCAAUAUAUCCUUAUCUUUCACCACCAACCCUAACACCGGGAGCAUCUAACCGAGUUUGCAAUGCACUCGCUCUUCUUCAGUGUGUAGCUUCUCAUCAAGAUACAAGGACAUUGUUCCUAAAUGCCCAUAUACCUUUGUAUCUUUACCCUUUCCUCAAUACAACAAGUAAGACAAGACCAUUCGAAUAUCUGAGGCUUACCAGCUUGGGUGUUAUUGGUGCCCUUGUAAAGGUUGAUGAUACAGAAGUUAUUAGCUUCCUUCUCUCGACAGAGAUAAUCCCUUUGUGCCUGCGCACAAUGGAGAUGGGUAGUGAGCUUUCAAAAACAGUGGCUACAUUUAUAGUUCAAAAAAUUCUGUUGGAUGAUGUGGGGCUGCAUUAUAUUUGUGCAACAGCAGAGCGGUUCUUCGCCGUGGGUCGUGUUUUGGGAACCAUGGUUCAGUCUCUUGCCGAGCAGCCCUCUCCCCGUCUGCUGAAGCAUAUCAUUCGUUGUUAUCUUAGACUGUCAGAUAAUCUAAGGGCUUGUGAAGCAUUAAGAAAUUGCCUUCCAGAAAUUUUAAAGGAUUCAACCUUCACUGGUUGUCUUCGUGAUGAUCCAGUAACCAAGCGUUGGUUGCAACAGUUGGUUCAUAAUGUGGCAGCUGUAGGUGGCAUGCCUGCACAUCAACCUGCAGGAGGAAUUGAACAUAUGCAUGGUAGCGGUGGCCACUAAUUAAAGAUUUUGUUUUGUGUUUUGCCACCCUAAUGCAGAAAUGAAGCGCAGUAGGAAAGAUCAUGUUUUAUCCUUACCCUAGUAUCAUAAGCUAAACUAAUUUAUCAUUGGUGCCCUAAAGUAAAACUGUUUCAUUUAGUUUUUAAUUUAAACCUUUUAUUGUCGCUUGGAAUUUGAAUGUAUGCCAAUACAAGGAGGUUUUUUUAUUUUAAUUGAGUUAAGACUUUGAAAUUUGAUGCUUGGA